AUGGCGCCAGGAAGGCUGGAGCAAAACGGAGGCACCGCCCUCCACACCGUCCAGGACGAACUCCACCAUGAUCAUGUCCUAAAGACAUACCGUAUUCUGAUUGCUGAUCUAUGCCAGCAAUACAACAUGGGCCACCCGGGUGGCGCAAUCGGCAUGGCAGCCAUAGGUGUGAGUCUGUGGAAAUAUGUGAUGCGUUACGCACCUCACAGUCCGGACUGGUUCAACAGAGAUCGUUUUGUCCUGUCAAAUGGACACACCUGCCUCUUCCAAUACUCCUUCCUACACUUGGUAGGUUACAAAGCUAUGACCUUUGACCAAUUAAAGUCCUACCACUCCGAGCGCGCAGACUCCCUCUGCCCAGGCCACCCAGAGAUCGAGAUUGAAGGCAUCGAGGUGACCACGGGACCCCUAGGCCAGGGCGUCGCCAACGCCGUGGGCCUCGCUAUGGCGACCAAGAACCUGGCGGCGACAUACAACAAGCCCGGGCUCGACAUAGUCUCCAACCACACCUGGUGCAUGGUAGGCGACGCCUGUCUGCAGGAGGGCGUGGGUCUGGAGGCUAUCUCGCUCGCUGGGCACUGGAAGUUGAACAACCUGACGAUCAUCUACGACAACAACCAGAUCACCUGUGACGGGUCAGUCGACAUGGUAAACAACGAAGACAUCAACGCCAAGAUGCGUGCUUGCGGGUUUGACGUUCUUGAGGUCCAAGAUGGCUGCUACGACAUUGAGAGAAUCAUUCAAGCCCUAGAGAAGGCCAGGCAGUCCAACGACAAGCCCGUGUUCAUCAACAUUAAGACCACCAUCGGUCUGGGCAGCGCAGUCGCUGGCAAGGCAGCCUCCCAUGGCGCACCCUUCGGCGUAGACGACGUGAAGAGGAUGAAGCAGGCCAAUGGUUUGGAUCCCGAAAAGCAUUUUGAGAUCAGUGACGAGGUCAGGGCCUUCUUUGCCAACCUGCCAGAGAGGGGAGAGGAAUUGGUACGGGAGUGGGAAAACCUGUUGGGACGGUACUGCCAGGAGUUUCCGGAGCUGGGUGAGGAGCUGCAGUCUCGCAUGCGUGGUGAGAUUCGUAAGGACUGGCGAGAUUUGAUCCCCAAGACUUUUGAUACUGCGCCCACGGCAACUCGGGUGUCUGGAGGGCAGGUCAUCAACCCGCUCGCAAAGGAGAUCAACUCCUUCAUGGUUGGCACGGCAGACCUGUCUCCGUCUGUCAAUAUGAUCUGGGAUGGAAAAGUGGACUUUCAACCUCCCGAUCUCAAAACCUCCUGUGGCAUCAACGGCGCCUACUCAGGUCGCUACAUCCACUACGGCGUCCGCGAGCACGCCAUGGCCGCCAUAGCCAACGGCCUCGCUGCCUACAAUCACGGCACCUUUCUCCCCAUCACAUCCUCCUUCUUCAUGUUUUACCUCUACGCCGCGCCCGCUGUCCGCAUGGGCGCCCUCCAAAACCUCCACGUCAUCCACGCCGCCACCCACGACUCCAUCGGCGCCGGCGAGGACGGCCCCACCCACCAGCCCAUCGAGCUGGCCUCCUUGUACCGUGCCAUGCCGAGCCUGCUCUACCUCCGCCCUGGAGAUGCCGAGGAGACCGCCGGUGCCUGGACCGUGGCCAUCGCGCACAAAGACGGCCCGAGUAUUGUCAGCGAGAGCCGCCACAAGGUCCCCCAGCUGCACGGCGGUGGCGGCGCUGGCGGCCUGACGAGCAGGGAUGGCGUGGCCAAGGGCGCAUAUGUCCUCCGCGAGGCUGACGAUGGCACCGUGGCCGAUAUCACGAUCAUCGGUGUAGGUGCUGAGCUCUCGUUCGCGGUGAACGUGGCCGACGAGCUCAGGAGACGCGGUGUCAGCGCGAGGGUGGUCAGCUUUCCGUGCUGGCGGCUGUUCGAAAUGCAGCCUAUCGAGUAUCGCCGCCAAGUACUUUCUCGUCACGGGCCAGGCGGUAUCCCUGCAGUGGUCAUUGAGCCUUAUGCACCGAACGGAUGGGAAAGAUAUGCGGAUGCAGGAAUCAGUUUGCGUACGUUCGGGCACAGUCUGCCUGGCAAAUAUAUCUACCAACACUUCGGUUUCGAGACAACAAAGAUGACUGAAAAAGUCGUCAGAUACCUGCAUGGUAUCAAAGAUGGCAGGUAUAUCAAAGGGGAGUUUGUUGACUUGUGA